UUUCAUAAUCUCUUUCUCUCUAUUAUAUGUUUGGUUGGGAAGAAAAUAAGAGGAAAAAGUUUUGAUACCAUUUGAAAAGGGUAAGAAAUCUCAAAAUACCAGAGAAAAAAAAAACCCAGAGAUCUCGUUGAAAUAGAAAGGAAAAUAAAAACCUAAGCGAUAAUUUUUUUGGUUUUACCUACUCUGACUCCGUCGUCCGAUCCGGAUUUCUCCUUUCUCGCUCAGAAAGAUAGGGUUUGCUGAAUUCUAGGGUUUCGCUUCUUUAUCCAGUUCGCGCUUUCUUCUCGGCUUCUCAUUCUCUCGAGGGUUUUGAUCUGCGAGUUUUGUAUAGUGCAAAGGCGUAAAGGGGAAUUUUUCAUUGAAGGUCCAAUUUUGCUUUUGUGUUUGUGGUGCAUUAGGAUUUUGGUUUCAAAAUUUUGCAAAGCAAUUGUUGGGAAAAGAAGGGUCAGAUUUUUGGAAUGAUGAGUACUUCAUGGGCAGAUUCUGUAGCCAAUUCUCAAUCUGAGAAUGUAGCUGCUGGUAACACUGCCGCAUCUCGCCCUGCAAGAUCGUCCUAUGUGCCGCCGCAUCUUCGUAACAGGCCGCCCUCGUCGGAUCCUCCUGCUCCAUCAAACUCGGUCCCUGGUGACCGUGCAGGGUAUGGCGGACCCUCUUCCGGGUCUCGCUGGAAUGGUGGUUCUAGGCCGGAUUUUGGGCGUUCUGGAUAUGUUUCUGGUGGUGGCUGGAGCAGCAGAAGCAAGGGUUGGGACCGUGGAAGGGAUCGUGAGGAGAACCCAUUUGAGAAUGAUGAUGGCGCAGAGCCUUCGUUUAGCGAGCAAGAGAACACAGGCAUUAACUUUGAUGCUUAUGAGGAUAUUCCGGUGGAGACAAGUGGGAAUAAUGUGCCACCACCUGUGAAUACCUUUGCAGAGAUUGAUUUGGGUGAGGAGCUGAAUCAAAACAUCAGGAGGUGCAAGUAUUUGAAACCAACUCCCGUUCAGCGACAUGCGAUACCAAUUUCUCUUGCCGGACGGGAUCUGAUGGCUUGUGCUCAGACUGGGUCGGGAAAGACAGCUGCAUUUUGCUUCCCGAUCAUAAGUGGAAUAAUGCGGGGGCAGAAUGUGCAGAGGCCUCGUGGAACACGAACUGUGUUUCCUCUUGCUCUUAUUCUCUCUCCUACAAGGGAGCUAUCUAGCCAGAUACAUGAUGAAGCUAGAAAGUUUUCGUAUCAAACCGGUGUCAGAGUGGUUGUUGCUUAUGGAGGAGCACCAAUAAAUCAACAGUUGCGAGAGCUUGAGAGAGGAGUUGAUAUUCUUGUGGCAACUCCUGGAAGAUUGGUUGACUUGCUUGAGAGAGCUAGGGUGUCGCUCCAGAUGAUCAGGUAUUUGGCACUUGAUGAGGCAGAUAGAAUGCUAGACAUGGGUUUUGAACCUCAGAUCAGAAAAAUAGUGGAGCAGAUGGACAUGCCUCCAGCAGGUGCGCGACAAACAAUGCUGUUUAGCGCUACCUUUCCUAAGGAGAUACAGAGAAUGGCAUCUGAUUUUCUUUCAGAGUACAUAUUCUUAGCUGUUGGAAGAGUGGGUUCAAGUACCGAUCUAAUUGUGCAAAGAGUUGAAUUUGUUCAUGAAGCUGACAAGAGAAGUCAUCUGAUGGACCUUCUUCAUGCACAGAAGGAAACUACAGCCCAGGGCAAGCAAGCAUUGACAUUAGUUUUUGUGGAGACAAAGAAAGGAGCUGACUCGUUGGAAUACUGGUUGACUAGUUCUGGUUUUCCUGCUACUAGUAUUCAUGGUGACAGAUCCCAACAGGAAAGAGAAUAUGCAUUGAGAUCUUUCAAGAGCGGGAAAACACCAAUUUUAGUGGCAACGGAUGUGGCAGCACGUGGUCUUGAUAUUCCCCAUGUUGCUCAUGUAAUAAACUUUGAUCUCCCCAACGACAUUGAUGAUUAUGUUCAUAGGAUUGGUCGUACAGGCCGAGCUGGGAAAACGGGACUGGCAACAGCAUUCUUUAACGAGAAUAAUUUAUCAUUGGCGAGGCCUCUCAGUGAUCUGAUGCAAGAAGCAAAUCAGGAAGUGCCUGCUUGGCUUAGUCGUUAUGCAUCAAGGGCUUAUGGUGGUGGUGGUGGUGGUGGUGGUGGUAGGAACCGCCGAUCUGGGGGAGGUCGCUUUGGAGGUCGUGAUUUUAGGAGGGACGGCUCCUACAACAGGGGCCAAGAUUACUAUGGUGGAGCAAAUGCUGGCGGAUACGGGGUUCCUGGUGGUUAUGGUGGUUACGGUAGUGGUGGUGGUUAUGGUCCGGGAGUGAGCAGUGCUUGGGAUUAGUGUCCCACAUCUGGGGUUUCUCUAAUUUUGUCUCAGAAAAUAUAUAUUUUUGUUUAAGAUUCAAUGGAAAUUUUUUUUUCUCUCUUUUCUUUUUCGGUCGACCUGUUUGUCGUUGUGAUGGUGAUUCUAAUGUGGGAAAUGCUAUAUUGAAAUUUGUGGGAAGGGCUAUAGGUUUUGGCUGAAGCAUUUGUCUGUAACCAGAAGUGUAAUAGUUUUGACCAGAUUGAUGGUGAAGAACUACUAACAAUUUUGGUUAUGGUCAAGUUUUUCGCAUGUUUGUCGUCCUUGUGAACACAAGUGCAUGUCUGGGAGACCCAUAUAUAUAUAUAUAUAUAUAUAUAUAUCUAACCCGGGCAAUCGUAGCAGAAAGCUCAGUUAGUUAGAGGUACAUGCUAUUUUUAGUCUGUAGAUGAGGCUAACUCUGUUAUAAUACAGUAUAGUUCUUGCUAUAGUGCCAAACUGCCCGGAAGCAUAAAUGUAUUCUAUCCUGGAUAAUGUACCUGAAGUUUAGUUGAAAUCA